AUGACAACCUCUACGCCUUGCCCAGAAGCAAUACUUGCCAUCGCUAAUCGACUGUUCGGUCGUCCAUCACACUUUAUCCUAGGCACCGAUUCUGCGCCUUUCUCCGGCGUCGAGUGUGCAAUAUAUGUGCUCGAGGUCAAGAACCGUUCAAGAAGAAUCUCCUACACUCCUCUUAUCAAACUCCGAAUCACAGAAGAGAUCGGAAAUCGUCGGCUCGUCGACGAUGCACGCAUCGACUACUUCCAGCCACUGAUCGCCGCGGACCCAUCUGCUGAUAAUCCGCUUGGGACAGGCUAUUUAGUGCUAGGCUGGGCGGAUGGUAAGACAAUGGAAUGGUCCGAUACCGUACCUAGCGAUCUGGCCGUUCGCACGUACAGAGGCACACCCGACGAGUGUCGGCGACAGAAAGAUCUCAUCACGACAUACUUCAUCCCCGACCUCGACGCUUCUCCUCACGUUCUCGUCCACGGCGAUCUUGUGGGCGUCAAAAUCAUCCUCGAUGACGACUCAAACGUACAAAGCAUCAUCGACCUUGGCUGCGCGGAGUUUCGACCGCUUCAAUUUGCGGCCGAGUAUCCUCGCUUCCUCGUGCACGAGCCGAGCGAAAACGACGACGGAAGUUUUACGUGGGCACGGCAUGAUAGCAAAAUCGUGGACAUUGAAGUCAUGAGGGCAGAUCGCGCGUUUUAUCUGAGCUGUGUCGAAGCGAGAGCGAGGGGAGAAGGUGGCAUAGUAGCUGAUUAUUAUACCGCUCUGGCGCGGAAAGAUGAAAUCUCAAGGUUUUGGUGGUGGACUGCCGUGGAUCGAUUUGACGUGCACAAGGCCAUGGCGGCUUGUGGCUGGCAGCCUCCUGUACGUUAG